UCUCACGCUGGACAGACAGUGGUUCUCUUUUUCCUCGCGCAAAAGCCACAUAUUCGAGAGAGAAAGCGAAUCGGCACCUGUCCGAAUUAUUUAUUUGAUUUGUCGCGUUUUGGUUGUUUUGUAUUGCCUGUCGUUAUUCCGGUUUGUUGUGUGAUCAUUGACAUAUAUUUCAUCCUGGGUCGCAUACUGUGCAGUAGGCUCUCGGUGAACUAAUUCACUUAGCCUACACUUUUUUUUUUUUUUUUACCUGCGGCGCUUUUCAACGUUGGUUCACCGUUUAUCGUGGCAAAGGAGGAAUCUCAAAUAGACUUAUUUUAAAAAAUAUAUAUUUCGACAUUGGUGAAUAGCGCUCUCUGCGCUUUCCCUAUCCCGGACUGGACCAAUGCGUUGCCCGUGCCCAGCGGAUCCACGAUAGCCUCGUUUCUCACACCGCAGAGUUCACGCUCAACGGCCGGACCGAUGUGCGCCAGCAGACCCCGCGAACACACACCUCUGAUGGAUCAUUUAUCUAGCGUUUUUGAGCUUUUUUUUCGGGCCCCUUGCACUUUCUUUAUACCUUAUGUUAUGCAUAAAGCCUUGAGGUCGGACUCGGAGCAAUAGAACAGAAAGCAGUUGAGAUAAUGCCGCUUGCCCAACUUGACCGUUGGUCUGAACCGAAUCGACUUGUUUUACCUGGGCGCAUGCGGAGAAUCCGCUCGUUCUGAAUCACAAAAGGAGCCUUCUAUGUGGUUGGGAAUACAAAAGUUGAACACUGACAACUUUAGUCUACUCAAGACGGCUAUAAGUGAAGAUGGUUUCGUGUUCAACGUGUAUUUCAUUAAAUUGGCAUCCAGCGUAAUAAACAUAAUCAGUGAUGUAGUGAGUCUGUUCAUAUGCGUGCUCAUCAUUUGCAGUAAAUACUCACAACAGCUCAAACAGGGGACUAUGAAGAUGCUACUCUUCCGUAAAUUCCGGGUUUUGAUUCUCUUGGUGUUUCUAAUCGCCUGCUCGAUGCACAUCUUGAUAGACUUGUUACCAAAGCUGGAGAGGCGCGGCAACACCGGCUGCUCCUGCUCGCACACGCCGAGCGAGGACCCUCAGAACUGGGCUAAACACCGAGCCAGGUCGGGAGUGGAGUCGGGCUGGCCUAACAAACACACUCUGAGAAUCCUCCAGGACUUCAGCAAUGAGCCAAACUCUAACAUCUCUUCCCAUUCUCCGGAGAAGAUCCCCAAAGCGGGGGACAAAACUGAAGCCUUUAUACGGCCUGAACAUUAUGCGCAAAAUGGUGACAAAAAUAGACGGUUUAUACAGGACACUGUACUCAACAAAAACGUACCUGUCAAAGGUUCAAGGUUGCGGGCGCUGUUUGACCACCCAUUAUUUAAGAGAACCUUACCAUCUCUGACCGACGAGGACACAUUGUUCAAAGUCAACACAGACAUCAGAUUUGACACCAAAGGCGCCACAGAGAAUCAGGAAUGGCAUGCUGAGCGGAACGUGGAGGAGUACUCUCCGACAGGAGGGGAGCUGACGGUUGACUCCUACCCCAACUGGCUCCGCUUCCACAUAGGGAUUAAUCGAUAUGAGCUCUACUCCAGACACAACCCAGUCAUCGAUGCCCUUCUCAGGGACUUGGUUUCACAGAGAAUCACCAGUGUUGCCAUGAAGUCUGGAGGCACCCAACUAAAACUCAUCAUGACGUUCCAGAACUACGGACAGGCUCUGUUCAAACCUAUGAAACGAUCGUGACAGAAUUACCCACCAAACCGGGACCAAGCAGCGUGUUAAG